AUGGAAUUUUUUGGAUGGGUUGCGGCAGCUGGGAGUUUGGGAUGUGCUCUGGCAAAUCCUCUUUUCGGAUUUUGGAAUCAGAAAACUGGCAGCACUAAAACACCUGUUUGUUUCGGUUUCGCCAUCAGUGCAGUGGGGAAUCUUGUCUACGCUCUACUUCCUUCUCUAACGUCAAAUGUGAAAUGGGCAAUGUUGAUCGCACGAUUCGCGACAGGUUUUGGUGCAGGAACCCUUGGAGUGUUACGAAGUUUCGUUGCUACAUCAAGUACUCGAAAAAGUCGCAUUCGGGCCGUAUCAUUCGGAACGGCUGGUUUCACUUCUGGAUUGUUUGCUGUCAGUAUUUUUUCCAUUCUUCUUGUCCAGGUGUUUUUCGUUGAAAAUUAUGUGGGUAUUAUCAGCGAUGAUGAGAAGAAGGGAGAUCCUUUCCUAGUGAUCCCGAAAUUCGACCGAAUAGCAGUUCUCUUCUUAUUCUACACGUGGUGGAUGUUAUGUGGUGUUGCCAGCACCGAAGGGCUUGCUGCGCCAAUUACCAUUGCUAUGUACAAUUGGAAUAAUGAAGAAGCUAUUCUUUAUAAUGGAAUUGUACAAAUCGCUUCUUGUGGAGUGUCGACAGUAACGUACGCUCUGAUAGGAUCCACAAGAAUUAAAAAAUGGGAUCGACGCUUUGUUUUUGUCUUAGGACUCACCGGAUUCUUUUUCUUUCAUUUCUGUCAUUAUCCUCUACCAUUCUAUGAAGGACCACUUACAAGGCCUCCUUUAGUGAAUGGCACGGUUUCAAAGGAUGUUGGUGGCUGUUCUUAUGAAUACGAUUGGUGCGACUAUACACCCAGAGUUCCCAUGUUUUUGUACUUGUUCAACUUUGGAAUCAUUCAAGGAGUAUCCUACCCGUUCAUUUCUGCACCUUGCAACACUCUGCUGUCCGAAAUCCUUGGGCCAAGAAAACAGGGCACCAUACAAGGUCUUUUUGCUUUUACCGGUAGUAUGGCACAGUUUGUAGUGCCUAUUUUUUCCACGGCACUUUUCGAAUCAUCAGGCUACAAAUAUAUCAUGGUCUAUCAUCUUUGUGUUAUUGCGCUAGCAUUUUUCAUGCAGGUGAAUAAUGAGCAUCAUGUCGAAGGUGCCGAUGUUGAAACAGGACGUCAUGACGCUAGCUCGGCGAACAUUGUAUUCUUUGACGAGAUCAAUGAUGAAGGUGUUCCAAUGACAGCUGAUGAGAUUUGUCGUCAAAGACAAAUGCAGAGAGAAUUAGGAAAAUUACAGUUCAUAAAUCCUGGAGGGUCUAUGUCUCAGCCGAUUAAGAGCCGCCGUUCUCGACGAAAGAUAAACGAGGAUAAGGAGCCUAUCCAAGAGAAACGGAACAUAUUCCAUGACAAAAAAGGGAAGCUUAUAGUUCCUGGUGAAGAAAGCGUAGCUCUUUGUGACUGCAUGAUCCCAGAAUGUCAUGGAUGUCACUGGCCUUGUGAGAACUGUGGAGGGCGAAUGUGCGGGCCGAUUUGUCAACAAAAUCGAAAGAAAUACGUGUCCUGUGUCAAAGUAUUGGGCAUCACACCAGAAGUCGUCACAAACAAUCCGUUUGUUCCGAAUAAAUUCACUUAA